AUGUAUCCUUCACAAGACAAUAUUACUAGUCGAAGUGCCCACGAAUCCAAUAUUACUGGAUUCAUGAAUAAUGAUUGCGCAACAACAGCUAUUCAAACAGAACAUCCUCCAAGUAUUAACUGCAAUUCUUGCAGCCACAAUAAUAGCAUUUCCGGUAUGAACAAGGAUGACGAUAUUUUUCUCUCACAUGCUAUUAUUUCUCCCGACCAUAAUAACUAUCAACAAUCCAUGCCCAAUAACAUUUCAAAUAAUAACGAUAUUAUUUCGCCUGCCCAUAAUGAUUACCAGCGGCAAAUUUCUAAUGACGCUUCAAACGAGAAUGUUACUAAUAUUUCUCCUGGUAACAAAUAUCAGCAACCUGUGCCUAAUAAUGUUUCCUCUUCCCAAUUUUCUCCGCAAUACAAUGAUCAAAUUUCACCUCGUUCUAAUGUCUUUCCUUUACUUAAGUCACUCGGAAUAACUAUAAAUUCUCCCCGGACAAGUAUUAAUAUUAAUAUUAUUGUACCAUCAACUAGUUCAGAUAUUCUAAAUUUGCUUCAACAAGAUGAUAGUACCUAUUCGAAUAAUUCUUCCUAA